UCUCCAUGAAAAAUUCACGAUCUAAACAGCGCCUUUACUGUCAAAACCCAAAAACUAAAACCCUCUUUUCCUAUUUCCCCUCCCGCCCAGUAAACGUUGCUCACUACUUUUUCUCUGCACUUGCUUAAUCACAGCUCCAAUUCAAACCGUGGCUUGGAGCAUAGUAUGAAGGAUUGCAGGCUCUGCUGAAAUUCUUUUGAGCUAAAAUAUGGAAGUAAAUCUAGCUCUGCUAAAGCCUACUUCAAUUCAUGAGUCUCAGUACAAACGAAGAAGAGUUUCUUUGAAUGGUGCAGCUACUUCUCUUUCCUGUCAGUUAUUGCAUGAUGCUGAAAAUUCUUUACCAACACUCCAUUGUUCUGAUUACUAUACAAAACCAUGCAUAAGUGAGUUGGCUAUACGUGAGUUCUCAAACCCUGGUUAUUGCAGCAGAGUUGAAGAUUUUGUAAUUGGAAGGGUUGGUUAUGGAUGUGUUAAGUUUAUUGGGGAAACAGAUGUUAGAUGCUUGGAUUUGGAUUCCAUCGUCAAGUUCAGAAGAUGUGAGAUUGUUAUAUAUGAAGAUGACAGUUCCAAGCCGUUGGUCGGGCAUGGCCUUAACAAGCCAGCUGAAGUAACUCUACUACUUCAAACAAAGCCAUUAGGUCAUUUGAAUGAGGCAGAGUUAAAAAAAGUUGUAGAAAAAUUGAAGUGCAAGGCAGAAAGUCAAGGGGCACGAUUCAUUUCAUUUAAUCCAGUUAACCGUGAAUGGAAAUUCUCGGUACAACAUUUUAGUAGAUUUGGCCUGGGUGAGGAAGAUGAAGACGAUGUUCCAAUGGAUGAUGUGUCCCCUGGAGAUCAAGAUGCUGAAGGUAUGAAUGGUAGUGAGGUAUCAGAUGAUAAAGACAAUGCUUCAGAAUACCAGACACUCCUUUCACAUUCUCUUCCUGCUCAUCUCGGUCUUGAUCCUGACAGGAUGAAAGAUUUGAGGAUGUUGUUGUUUCCUACCAAGGAAGAUGAGGUAGAGGGUCUUACUAGCAGGCUUCCAUAUGAUAAUCCACCUUUUGCUAAAGAUUCCUCAAGAUCUCCUUUACAUCAUUCAUCCAGGAAGACAGUUCAUAAUUCAAACACCCCUUCCAUUCGCAAGACUCCAUUAGCUUUAAAGGAGUAUAACCCUGGGGGUUUUAGCUCUCUCUCCCCUGGAGCUAUUUUAAUGUCCCAACAAAAUAAAGGUUUGCAUCUAACCACGGGAAAAUCUGAAGGCUUUGAGCUGGAUCUUACAAAGAAAACACCAGUAACUGGAAGUCAUUCUUGUAAUAUUGUUGAUGCAGCACUAUUUAUGGGAAGAUCCUUUCGAGUAGGUUGGGGCCCAAAUGGUAUACUUGUCCAUUCUGGUAUGCCUGUUGGUAGUGAUAAUUCCCAAGCUGUAUUAUCCUCUGUGAUCAAUAUCGAAAAGGUUGCACUUGACAAAGUGACAAGAGACGAGAGCAACAAAGUGAAGGAGGAACUUACUGAGUUUUGUUUCAGCUCUCCCCUCAAUAUUCACAAGGAAUUGAGUUGUGAAACAAAAAAAGUUGAACUGGGAGCCUUCAAUCUCAAACUUCAAAAGGUUAUUUGUGACCGCUUGACUCUUCCAGAUAUUUGUCGGAGUUAUAUAGACAUCAUAGAGAAGCAGCUAGAAGUGCCGAGCUUAUCAUCUGCCACUCGUGUUCUAUUGAUGCACCAAGUAUUGGUUUGGGAAUUAAUUAAAGUUCUCUUUUCCUCAAGGAAAAUGGGUGGGCAAUUGAAGCUCACAGAAGAGGAGGCGGAUGAGGAGGUGGAUAUGAUACCAGAUGUGAAGGAAAGUUAUCCAGACGUCGACCAGGAAGCAGUUCCACUUAUUAGACGAGCUGCGUUCAGCUAUUGGCUGCAAGAGAGUGUUCACCAUCGUGUACAAGAAGAUAUCAGUUCACUAAAUGAGUUGAGUGAUCUAGAACACAUAUUUUUUCUUCUUUCUGGUAGACAGAUGGAUGCUGCUGUAGAGCUUGCUGCUUCUAGAGGGGAUGUAAGACUAUCUUGUCUUUUGAGCCAGGCUGGUGGGUCAACAGCGAGUCGUGCUGAUAUUGCUCAUCAGCUUGUUCUUUGGAGGAAAAAUGGACUGGAUUUUAGUUUUAUCGAGGAGGAUAGGGUGAGGCUUCUUGAAUUACUGGCUGGAAACAUUCAUAGGGCCUUACAUGGUGUAAAAAUUGACUGGAAAAGGUUCCUAGGACUAUUGAUGUGGUAUAAACUUCCACCCGACAUUUCAUUACCUGUUGUUUUUAAUACUUACCAGAAGCUUCUAAAUGAGGGAGAUGCUCCAUACCCUGUUCCAGUUUACAUAGAUGAAGGACCUGUAGAAGAUGUGAGCAACUGGGUUUUGAAUAAUCGUUUUGACCUUGCUUAUUAUCUUAUGCUUCUUCAUGCCCGAGAAGAAAAUGAUUUUGGUGCUUUAAAAACCAUGUUCAGUGCUUCUGCCUCAACAAAUGACCCACUUGACUAUCACAUGAUUUGGCAUCAGCGUGCAAUUUUAGAGGCCAUUGGCACUUUCAGUUCAAACGAUCUACAUGUCCUUGACAUGGCAUUUGUUUCUCAGUUGCUAUGCCUUGGGCAAUGCCAUUGGGCCAUCUAUGUGGUACUUCAUAUGCCUCACCGUGAAGAUUAUCCUUAUCUUCAAGCUACAGUCAUAAGGGAAAUCCUCUUUCAAUAUUGUGAAGUUUGGAGUACUCAUGACUCACAAUGGGAAUUCAUUGAAAGUCUAGGCAUUCCUUUAGAGUGGUUGCAUGAAGCUUUGGCAAUAUUUUACAGUUACACUGGGGAUCUUCCGAAAGCUCUACAUCACUUUCUCGAAUGUGGAAUCUGGCAGAAAGCACACUCUAUUUUCUUAACUUCAGUUGCACCUUCUCUGUUUUUGUCACAAAAGCAUACAGAAAUAUGGAGGCUAGCUACAUCCAUGGAGGACUAUAAGUCGGAGAUUGAAUUUUGGGACCUUGGGGCAGGAAUUUAUAUUUCGUUCUAUAUAUUGAAGAGUUCCAUGCAGGAAGACAAUAGCACCAUGACAGAACUGGAUACUCUUGAUAACAAGAAUGAUGCAUGUGCUGUCUUAAUUAGCCACCUGAACAAGUCUCUGGCAGUUUGGGGCAACAAAUUAUCAGUCGAAGGAAGAGCGGUGUUUUCAAAAAUGGCCGAAGAAAUCUCCAGUCUGCUUCUUUCUGAUAGCGAUGAGGGUUUGCCAGGCGAGGAUCAACUGAAUUGCUUUGAAACCAUUUUUAGGGCACCCAUGCCGGAAGACCUCCGCUCGUAUCAUUUACAGGAUGCUCUUUCACUUUUCACUUGUCAUCUUUCUGAAAUGGCACAAUAAUAAUUCCUCCGAUUGGAAGUGUUUCUUCUCUGAUUAACUUUCAGCAUAUGUUCUUGCACUUAUGCAUCUGUGUAAUUUUCUUUGUUUUCCAGAAUUCUUGUUUGAUGGCUUUGAGAUUAAAAUUUUAGUAUCCACUGUGUAGAGUAGCCUUUAAUUUUAAAUUUUUUGAAUCUUUUUGUAAUGGUAUUGCGUCCUGGUUGAUUUUUAAAAAUUACCACAUGAACUUUAUACCGGA